ACAUUAAAUGAGCACUUUUCCAAAUACAGCAAUGUCUUAAAUGGCUAAAAAUCACGAGAUAAAUACAUAUUCUUCGACAAAUGCGAUCAUAGCUUUAUGUCACGCACCACCUAACUUCGAAAUUCAAAAUGCGCUGGUACCUCUUAUGCCUGAUACACCGAUUCAGGCUAUUACCGGAAGUUGCAUGAAAGCGAGGCCUAAGGGCCCUCGCAAAGGUGCCAAUCUCAAAAAAUAUGGCAGACGAAAGGGACAGAAAUAAAACCUGUCACAAAUGCUGCGCUGCAGCGCUAUGUAAAAAUCAUUCUGAUAAUCGGAAACACCUCAUUUUCCACGCUUUUCCACGAGACCAAAGUCAGAGAAAAAUAUGGAUGGUAAGGAUGAAACGUAGUGACGAAAAAUUCGCUUCUAAUACAUCACUCUUCUGCUGUUCCGAACAUUUCACCUCGAAUGAUUACAAAAAAUCUUUAACUGGCAGUAGACAUGAUCUUGUUAGGAAUGCAGUUCCUUCUAUUUUUCCUUGGACGGAGGAUCACGACAAAGGGAGUGAGAGGUCCGAAAGAGCAAAUGUUCGUGACGGUAAAAAACGUCGAAUUUCAGUUGCUGGCCCAUUGGAAAUGAAGCAUCUUCYGGAUGUAGUGAAUUACACYUCAGAGAACACCCGUAGAGAGAAAGAGUCAGAAKACAAACYACAAGAGAGAGACUUACUUGCCGAGAUUUGUGAACUCACGGAAAAGUUAUCCCUUUCAAAAUUCUCCCUAGAACGUUUUAGCUCCAAUGAUGACGAUAUAUUUUUCUACACAGGAUUUCAGUCUUACGAAGCCUUGAUAGCAUUCUGGAACUUUGUCAAACCGAGUGCCGAGUCGCUACUUAGUUGGAACCAGGCACGAUUCAAAGUAAAUGGAGACCUUCCAGACACUGCAUUUCCUUUCUUGCAAGGUCAGAAGAAAGAAAAACAACGAAAACGAGAAAUACAACCAAUUGAUCAGUUGUGGCUGUUUCUGACAAGGGUUCGACUUGGAUUAUUUGAGCGUGACUUGGCGCAUAGAUUCAACGUGUCUGUAGGCACUGUCUCUGAUAUUGUUAUCACUUGGGCAAACUACCUAUACAUUCUUUUGGGUAGUUUGCCUGUAUGGCCUUCAAAAGAGAAGGUAAAGCAGCACUUGCCAGAAUCAUUUAAGGGAAGAUAUGAAAGUGUAAGAGGAAUUCUUGACUGCACUGAACUGAAAUGUGAAUUACCCAAGGAUUAUCAGAAGCACUCAGAAAUGUAUUCUGACUAUAAGUCGCAUGACACAUUUAAUGGGCUAGUUUGCAUUUCACCAAGUGGCUGGUUUACCUUUGUGAGCCAAUUAUAUCCAGGAAAAAUCAGUGACAAAGAAAUCAUACAAAGGAGUGAUUUUUGUCAACUCAUUGAACAAGGAGAUCAAUAUCUUGCUGACAAAGGCUUUGAAAUCCAUGAACUGAUUGCCCUCAGAGGAGGGAGUCUAUAUAUUCCUCCAAAGAGAUUUUCUGCAUCUGACCAGUUUACUGAAGGCCAAUGUUUUGAGACAAUGAGCAUAGCCAAUGUAAGAAUACAGGUCGAAAGAGAAAUAAAGCGGAUAAAGGCUUGGAAUAUUUUCAAUCAAGUUCUGCCUCUCUCCAGCUUUGGCUCCAUAAAUCAGAUCUGGACUGUGUGUGCAUUGUUAGUCAACUUUCAAAAUCCAAUCAUUUCCAUUUAAAAUAACUAUCUAAUACUCUUUAAUACUUCUAGUUUGUGCAGAACUUUGUAUUUGAAGAACACUUAAACACAACAUCAAGCUAAAAGGAUUCAAAUCCUCAGACAAUAGAUUAGUAGUUUCAUAGUGCUGCAAGUUUCUUUAUGAACUCACUUUGAGGCUUGCUUUUCCUCAUGUUAAGUUCAGAUUUUUGCUGGCAAUGCUAAGCUCUAGUCAUUGGAGUCUCUUGUCUUUAAUAUAUUUCUCAUGAAAAGCAAGUAAUUUUGGUUUUAUUUCAUACAUCUAUUGCCAUCUUGAUGAGAAUGUGACCUUUAGAACCAAAAUGGGAAAUCGUAAGUUGGUAAAAAUAACAAAAUCAGUCAAUGGAAGCUUAGUUAUUCCCAUCUCUAUCUGGGACUGAAACCAGUUUCACUUCAUAAAGAGAGUUUUUCUCUGUGAGUGGAAAACUUGUUUCUUUUUGAUGAUCCUUGAUGGCAACCUCUGGUGAAACAUCCUGCUUUGACUCAAGGUAUUUUAUUUCGACAUUUCUUAUCUCGGUAUUACCAUUGUGGUAAUGAACUGUUGCAAUUCAAUCAGGGCUUGUUGCAAUUCAAUCAGGGCUUGCUGCAAGAACAGUAUUGUCUAUAGCCACAAUUAAUCCAACUUCUUGAACUGUGACUGCUUUUACAUCUGGCAAUGUUAACAGGUACUCUUUGUACAAACUUGCUACAACUGGCUCAUUUUCAAGGGUGUCUACAAAACGAAGACCUAAGACCUAAGACCUAAGACCCAAAAACGAAGACUUGUUUUUUCACAGGCCUAUCAAACCAGAGACAGUCAAACCAGGUCAACGCUUUUCUUCAGACAACAACUGACGCGAAAUUAAUGGGGUCUUCGUUUUGUAGAUAAGGCCGGCUCAAACUACAAAACGAAGACCCUCGCUAAAAUGCUUUGUUCAUUGUCAGCUGACACAAAAUCAAUUAAUGGGGUCUUUGUUUUGUAGAUAAGAGCAGCUCGAAUUACAAAACGAAGACCCUCACUUAAAUGCUUCUUUGUGUCAGAUGACAUGGAAUCAAUGGCGUCUUCGUUUUGUAGAUAAGGCCAGCUCGAACUGAAAUGCUUUGUUCAUUGUCAGCUGACGCGAAAUGGGUUCUUGUAUGAUGUUGACAGUUUUUAUCGGCUAAUCCCCUGUAGACCCUACUUCUUAACAGUAAUUUGAAAACAAUAAAAAAUAGAAUAAAAUAAUGUUAACUCGCACACCUAUGAUAUGGACGCAAAACCAUUGACGUCCCCAAUUUCAAAAGGAAGACCCUCUUUAAAAUAAAGAAAAUCAAAUAGUGUUUUAUUUGCAAUCGGAGAGAAACAUACAAACAGAGAGAAUCCAGGAGACCUCUUAAAAUUGUCCGUAAAACCCUGAUUGUUGAUGAAGAAUGUUAAUUUUAGCAAUGGACAAAGGUUGAAAGUUGGCUAGUGAAGUUGUGUCUUAAAGGUUUUUAUAUUGUAAAGUGACCGCGUCGAACACACUCAUAAUCUUUGACUACUAGUUUCUAAUUCAUGCUUGCAAGUCUAGUUAAGUAUUAAUAUUGCUUUAUUAAAGGCUCUCUUUGUACCAAUUGUGGUUUAGAUGCACAUCGAAUUUCAAUUUAGCACAUGGAUGACAAUUUACUUCACAUUGCUUCAUUCAUCUCGAUGUUCAUUUGGAACGGUAACACGAUGUGAUUGUAAAACAAAGAAAAUCAUGUCUUUUCCUCUGCCUAGCUUCGACUCGAAGCGUAGUCACAGGCCAAAGUUAUUUGAUACCUCUAUCCAGGAUUUAACUGGAAUGAGCUAUCAGACAAGGACGUGAUUGGAAGCGGCAGCUUCGGCUCAGUGAUAACCGCGAAACAUAGCUAUGCAUUCCUUUUUCGAAAUCAUGCUUUUUUCAAAAAAUUACGAAUUUUCCAAUAUUUUGAAAUG